ACUGUUUGUCAUAGGCCUAGGUAGAAUGAUGAGUAAUGAUUACAUAGCUUUUAUCACUACAUUAGAUGCAUACAAGCAGAAUAAGUCAAAAACAUUAAAAAAAGAAAUAUCUCAGUACGAUUUUGACUUUCGAGAAUGGCCUAUUGAUUUUCAUUGGAAUGAAAGUUCAUUAGAUGAAAGCAAGCCUAGAAUAUACAUUGAAAAAAGCUCACGAAGAAUUACUAUCAUGGAAAAAUUUCGAAGUAUUCCGUGUGGUUUUUUAAGUUACAUUGCAAUUCACACAUUUGGAAGAGUGAUGAUUUAUCCAGGUUCUAUGGGUCUUCUAAAUAUGUUAUUUGCACCUUUGCUUUUGAAAGGAAGAGCCAAGUUAAUAGAAGAUUAUAAUGGUGAAAGAUUUAAACUACUGACAAGAGAUGGAAAUGAAAUUGAUUCAAUGCUUAUUGACAGAAGGCAAAACAGCAGUUUUCCUAAUGGAAAUAUUUUGGUCAUAUGUUGUGAAGGCAAUUCGGCAUUUUACGAGAAUGGUAUAACCUUAACACCAAUUAAAGCUGGAUAUUCUGUUCUUGGCUGGAAUCAUCCUGGUUUUGGCAGCAGCACUGGUACACCAUAUCCAGAUCAAGAACUGAAUGCCAUAGAUGUUGUAAUGCAAUUUGCUACAUCAAAGCUGGGUUUUAAUAUAGAAAAUAUUGUAAUUUAUGCAUGGUCUAUUGGUGGCUUUAGUGCCACAUGGGCUGCUAUGAAUUAUCCUGAUAUUAAAGGUUUAGUUCUAGAUGCUACAUUUGAUGACUUAGUUGCUUUAGCUGUAGCCCGAAUGCCACCUAGUUGGAAGCCUUUGGUUGUAAGAACAAUUAGAGAUUAUAUGGAUUUGAAUAAUGCAGAACAAUUGAGCAAAUAUAAUGGUCCAGUAUUACUAAUUCGCAGGACAAAAGAUGAAAUUAUAUCCACAAGGCCUUCUAGAUCCAUUCAGACUAAUAGAGGAAAUGAACUUCUUAUAAAACUCUUACAGACAAGGUAUCCAAAAUUAGUUAAUAAUGAUACUUUAUGGGCUGUCAGAGAAUGGGUAUCUGGAGACAAGGCCCACCAGACUAUUGUUUGGUCUCAACAAGGAAUUGAGGAAGAACUUUGUAUUGCUUCUCUAGCAUCCUAUAUAGAGGAAAAUGGUUGUGAAUUUCCUUUACAAAUUGGUGAUAGUCUUCCUGCAGAUCUGAAAGUGCAAUUAGCUUUAUAUCUCGCUGAUAAGCAUAUGAUUGAUUUUGAUUCAACUCAUUGUGUUGAACUUCCUGCACGAAUGUUUCAUCUGCCGUGGGAUAUAAGGCAAGCUAGUGGCAGUCACAGUACAUUUGAUACCAAGUCACGCCUUUAGUGAAAAAUUCUAUGUUAUGCAAAAUCUCUUUUUUUUUUUUUUUUUUUAACUAAACUUAGUGAUUGUAUUUAUUGACUUAUCGUGAAAAAAUUUUUAUUAAGAUUGUACAGAAGUGUAAUAAAACUGAAUAUCAUUCCACACACACACGAUUCAUCGGUUGUGAAGUUUUAUGGUUGGUAACUGGAAAUAUUGUAUGUGAUGGGGAAGAAAUUGAAAUAUUUCAGAACAUAUUCAUAAAUAACUGUUUCAGUUUUCAAAUCCUUUUCAUUUAGCAAUAGUUAAAUUUUCCAUUUUUUCCCUUAAUAAGAUUUGUGACCUGUGAUAUGUCUUUUCUCUUUGCAUAAAAUUAUAUGGCUUUGAUAUUAAUGUUCAGGCAAAUUAUUUUGGGAUUUAUUAAUGUUCUCUCUCUCUUUUUUUUUUCUUUUUACUUCAUUGUAGCAAACAAGUUUUUAAAGAUAUCAGCAUGUCACCGUGCUGACAUGGCAUGGUUCAAUUUAAUAUGUUGUUUAAUAAAAAAUGAACUUUAAAUUUGACCCUUAUUAAAAUUGUUUAAAUAAUUUGCAUAAAAUUGUUGACAUGGCAUGAUUCAAUUUGAUAUGUUGUUUAAUAAAAAAUGAACUUUUAAUUUAAAUUUGACCCUUAUUAAAAUUGAACAUAAUUCACCAUUUUAUAUUGAUAAUUAUUACACUUAUCAUUUUGAGGAUUUUAUUUGAAUGCUCCAGACUAUUUUUUUAGCAUAAUAUCAGUUAUUUUUUUCUAACGUUAUGAAGAUUAGUAACAAUAGUGUACAGUAAAAAGACUAAUAAUAAAGCAAGUAUUGUGAUACUAAACCAUUAUUUGAUAUCAAACACUGCCGGAAAUUUCUGAAUGUGAUAAAGUGCAGACUGAAAUAUAGCAUUAAAAUCUGUAUUUAUAUUGAUUCUUUAAAUUUAAUAAUAUUGGCCUGCAGUACAUCACUUCAAAUUUUCAAUUUUAUUUAAAAGAUUGUAUACCAUAUUUACUGAAUAUAACUAUUAUUGUAGAAGUGUAGGAGUAAACAACUUGCUAAAUAAAUAAUAAUAAUAAUAAAAAAAAAAUGUGCUUAGAAAGAAUACUUUUUAAGCAUUCUUUUUAUAAUUUAUUACAAUUUAAAUUUUUUUUAUUAUAUUUCUUUUUAUUUAUUUCAUUUCUUUAUAAGCUUUGCAAUGAUUAAUGUAGAACCAUAAACUUAUUUUAUUAGAUACAGUGUAUAGGGUAUGAAGGUUAACCUUCUGAAGAUUAAUACAUAUAUGCAUAUUGCAUAUUCAUAAUAUAUUUUCUUUUCCAGUGAAUCUUUAGAUAUGUUUUCAAAGCUUAAGAGAGAAGCUAUUCCACAAUGAAACACUUUUAGUUGCAAAAAGAAAGGGGGAUUUGAAUGUAGUCAAGUUUAUUUCAUGCUUUAUUUGUGGUUUAAAUCUGUAUACUUGUUCUGACUUAAUUCAUAUGACUCUUAAUCAUGCCAAAUAUUUGUAUAAUUGCAUUUUGCUGUACUUUUGUGAAGGAAAAUCAUUUUAGUGUAAUCAUUAUCAUUUGGUGUUAUACAAAGCUUGAACAAUAUUUCUUGUCAUUCUGUAUGUCUACUUAAUAUUAUUGUUUACAUGGCAAAUUAAAGUUAGACAUUUAUGAAUAAUGUUUUACCAUACUUUUCAGCAAAAAUACAAGAAAAUCCUUUGACUUGCUUUGGGGGAUUUUGCUGAUGAGUCUAAGCAUUAUAUUUACAGUUUGCAUUAAUGAUUAAAUUAGUUACACUGCUCUUUCUGGAUAGAAUCUCCUUUUUCUUCAUAAAUAUCAUCUUAAAUUCUUUGUCAUUUACUCUGUUAUUGGAACUGCUACUAAAAACAAAACUAAUUACUAUUAAUAAAAAAUAUUCAAAACUAGUACUUGGCAUUAAUAAGUCAUCCAUCUUAUUUUUUUAAUAGUGAGGUUUUAUUCUUUUAGUAGUGAGGUUUUUUUAUGAGAAUUAUAUACUUUUUCUUUUUUAUGAAAAUCAAUUUCAUAUUUUGUUUCUACUUUAAAUUCUUAAUCUGCUUAAUAUUAAUCCCCAAAUUGAAAAUUUCAUAUAAAUACCUUAUUCUCUGGAAUAUUUAACUUUGACCUAGUCUUCUAAUUUCUCGUUUUGCAAACUGUAUUUUUUUUACUACUAAGUGUACAUAUUUUUUGUAAAGGAAAUAAAGUUCUAAAAAUCUAUUUUUUUGCAUAGAAAAUUGUUAAAUACACUGCCUCUUUAACAUGUAUCUUCUAAACUAUGCUUGUUUAAUUAUUUUGAGUUUUUCGUUUUUAACAGGUUCCACCCUAGGUAACAUGCUCCUGAAAAUAUGUAUAUAUUUUUGGGUAGAUUAAAAGCAUUAUAUAUUUCUCCCUUUAGUAUUUUAUUUUUUAUUCCAUGCUGCAGGGAAGUAAUCUUUUGGAAAUCAAAUAAAUGCAGAUAAUUCUUGAUUUUAUUAGAAAAGAGACAAUCUAUGGUAUCUUCAAGACAAUUUGUGGUAUCUUCUUGGUGAGUACAAUAGCUAUAAAGAUGGGUCAUGCUUUACCUCAAAGCAUACUUGGCCUCUUUGCAUGAAAUCAUUCAGAAGUGCCAUUAGUCUGAAAAGUCACUUUUUGUCCGUAACACUUUUGUGUCUAAAUUGGUUUUCAAGUUGUUGCCACGAAAUGUUAUUACAAAGUCUUAUUUAAAAAAAUAAAUAAAUAAUCUCUGUAUGUA